UUUGAUUUUAGUUCUUCAAUGAUUCCUAAAACCUUAAUUAAUCCCAAGCUUGGCUGAUCUAGUACCUACUAUCAGAUCGCUGUAAAAUAUUUAAUUUAACAAAUAUUUUUGCAGGUUUCGCAAACGUAACGAAAGGAAGCAUAAGGAGAUUCACAUAUUAUAAUAUUUUCGGAAGAAGUCCCUAAGCUCAAAUGGAAGGCCCAAAGACACCAGACAGUGAAAAUCCCAUGGACAUCCCCAAAGUACAAGUAGAAAUCGAUAUACCAGAAAUGGUUCAGCUAUUGCCGACAUUUGAUGGCGAUCAGUAUGCACUGUCGGAUUUUAUUGGAAGCGUAGAAGAUAUGGUGCUGGACAUUGUUAAAAACGUCUAUAAGGCUGAGUGUCCAGUUUUUAUAAUGAGAGCUAUUCGACGGAAGAUCAUAGGAGAAGCCAAUAACGUGCUAAUUAGGGAACGAACAAAGUUGAAUUGGAACGAGAUCAAGGAAACAUUGAUAGACAAUUUCGCAGACCCCAGAAAUAUGGACAAUCUGAUGGACGACCUACGAGAAAUUCCUUACUUUGGGCUCUCAAUCAACCAUUUAUAUGUGGAGAUAUCAAAAAUAAGAUGUGCCUGUUUCGAUAUUUUGGAACGAAAUGUUGAUGAUCUAAAAAUGAGAAAUAAUCAGGAACUUGUGUAUGAGAAAAGGUUUGUGGAUGUAUUUGUAGCGGGUCUGCGGGGACCUCUUCAGCUUUUGGUCGUGCGCAAGAACCCGAAGACUCUCAGGGAGGCCAAGAAAUAUGCAAUGCAGUUAACAGAUGAUUUUCAUAGGGAAAGAAACGGUCAGGUAAAUUACAACAACAGGAAAAACUACCCAAACAAGAACAUUAUGUUCUAUAAUCAAAACCCUAGAUAUCAGAAUGGUAGAAAUAUGUACAGGGGACCAAAUCAAACGUAAUAUGAUAAAACAAAAAGAAAUGUGUUUUCAAAAUGUUAAGCAACAAAAGUAAAUAAAAUAUUUUUCACUCUAGCGCGUCACAUCUACAUAUAUACACAUUAAAAAUAAAUAAAUAUUUUUAUAAAUAGGUCUUAUGGCUACUAGGCCUUAUUUUGGAACCACCAAUUCGGUCUUCUUAAUUUAAAUUAAAUUUGAAAAUUCGCCUUUUAUAUUUACAACAGUUAUUAGUUAAGUUUACUUCUAAAAAUAAAAUACAUGUAUAUUUUA